AUGUUUCCGAGACAAAUACCCGUUAGGCAAUCAAACGACCAAGCGAGACUGACAGGCACAACAGCACAUUACAAUGGCGGAAUCCAUCCGAACAGUGAAAAUACGGUAAAUACCCAUGUUACAACAACUUUAAAAAAUGUGAAUGUAGGUCACGUUUCUGAAAACUUCAAUGUUGUGUAUAAUGUAGGCGAAAAUGUGGAAAUCUUUCCCGAUCACGUGAGGACUAAGCGUUCGACAAACGACACGGCUGCUGGAUCCACGGGUUUUCUUGAUGAUCCCAACAAAGUGGCCAUGUUUAUUGUUCUGCCACUUAUUAUCUUUGUUUAUGGAGGAUGUAUAUGUAUUUACUGUGUACACAAAUGUCAGGACUACGUUGAAAGAGUAGAGCCCCUUAAGGCCAUCAAACAAAAGGUGUUCGGUUUACCUCCGGAAACACCCGUGCCCCAAAACAGAGAAUGGCGGAAAGUUUUUGUUAGACGAUCGCGUCCUACAAGCACUAGGAGUUUGCCUGACCCUAAGCGAACAAAACGGAAGGAGUUCGAUACCAGGUCGACGUCAUCAGACGCAGGCAUUUCGUACUUCAGAGACGCUACAAAAGAUAGUGCGUUCUCGGAAUUAGACAUGGAUUCCGGGGUUAUUUCACAAGGAGAUCGUGAAGUCAACGACAAAGUGAUUUACGUUAAUGCAGAUUCUAACGAUAUUCAAAGAUUAAAUGACAUGACUGUGGAAGUUAAGCAUGUACAGACCUCCGAAAUUGCUGUUCAAACAGACGAUAUACAUAUCAGCACGGUUUCAUCAUCUGAUAUGGCGGUUACUACCUGUGAUACUGGUACCUCAAUGUGGGACAAACCCACCCAAAAGAAACCGAAGAAAAAACAUCAUAACGUAGGGUCGAGAUAUCUGAGUUGGUUAAAAUCUGCACGCGACUUAAGAGAAGUCUUGAACAAUAAUACCGAACCACGAACUCUACAUCAAAUGCUUAAGAUUGCGACAGAAGAACAGAGACGCGAAGAUACCGCAUCCGAACCGGAAGUGAGUCUUCAGAAAACCAAAUCAGAGAGAAGCGUAGAAAAAAAGCCAGCACCGAAACGACAGAGCAGUUCCCCAGUUAUUUCUGUAGUGCCGUAUCAGACAGACUCCUCAUAUAUAUCUAUUCACAAGAAGAAAACGAACUUACUCAAACAGCAUGGAAGUUUUAAGGGAUCAACCGUGACACCCUUAGAGUCCAGAUAUACGAGUGCCUCGACGUCAUCCUCCCGGGGCACGGACUCACCCCCGGAGGAUGCCCCGCCCCCUUAUUACAGACUAGGAGAUACUAAAGUAAAUUCGUACAUGUCUAUGUAUAGAAAGAAACCAGGUUUUUCAAAAGAAAGAGGGGGAGUUGGAGGCGAUGCUACGAAAUACGUAGGGAUUAACAGUAGUGAUACAGACUCGCUUGUGUAA